GCUCGAGCUUCUUUUUCUUCCACCGUGGCGGCGAGCGAGCUCCGGGCCAGUCCUCGCCGGGAUGCGGCGCCUGCGCUUCCCCGUGCUCGUGCUCGCCCUGGAGUGCUGCCAGCAGGCCGUGCGCUGCAGGGCGGAGGAUGACGAGACGUGCCCCGCUGGAAGCCCUGGCUGUGGCGCCGGUGAAGUUGGCGGAGGCCUCGACGACGAGGACCUCUACGAGGACAAGAAGCAGUGCGAGGCCUGGGCAAGGGCCUGCGAGUGCCAGCUGAACUCCAAGUUCAUGCUGACGAAGUGCGCCCGGAGCUGCAGGCUGCACGGAGACAGCUGCAUCGACAAGGACCAUAGCUGCACGAAGGUGACCCUCAAGAAGCGGUGCACGCCAGAACAGUGGAGCGUCUGUCCCAAGAUCUGUAAGCUCUACCAGGAGGAGAGGAAAAAAAUGAGUGGGCAGAAGAAGAUGCCAGUACAAGUGGACAGACGGACGGCGGAUCUGAAUAAAAAGACCAAGCUCGACGAGAAGUUCCAAUACGGCAAGCCGAAAGGCAAGUGCGAGCGAAGGGAGACCCCUGGUGGGUUGCAAGACACCUCGGUACCCGCGAUGUUCAAGCGUAUCGAGGAGAGUGAGUGGGCUCAGAAGUACGAGCCGAAGGUUCUCUCCCGCGACCCGUGGAUCAUGUAUAUCGACAAGUUCUUGACUGACCAGCAGGUGGACGAUCUGCUUGCGGCGGUGAACGAGAGCGGCGUCCCCUUUCAGCCCUCUUUCGAGCUUCAGGCGGGCCACUCUCAGAGGCGCAAGUCCGAGUCCCUGUUUUGCAGCGUGCCGAAGUGCUUCCGGGACCCCAGGAUCCUGGCGGUGCACAGCGUGGCCAGUAACGUCACGGGCCUCCACCUGCUCAACCACGAGUACAUGCAGGUCCUGAAGUAUCGCAGCGGCGACUUCUACGUCACCCACCAGGAUACCAGCAACGAGUACGGGUGGUCUGCGGCAGGCCACCGCAUCUACACGUUGUUCGUGUAUCUCAGCACCGUGCCUCCUGGCUUUGGCGGCGAGACCAACUUCCCAGCCUUGAAGCUCAGCGUGCCUCCCAAGAAGGGUGCGGCCGUGCUGUGGUCCAACGUCCAGGCAGCCAACCCCCGCAGAGAGGAGCACAGAUGCAACCACGCGGCCCUCCCCGUGAAGAACACGAGCGCAGACGGCGAGUUCGGGGAAUUCACCAAGUUCGGGAUCAACAUGUGGCUGUACGGCUACGACUGGCGCAGCCAGUUCUCGAAGGGCUGCAUGAACAAGGAUGCCGGCUACUAGAUCCGAGUAUCAGGGCACCAACCAACGCCCAAGGUUCCUCGAGGACUGCGGCGACAGCGUCGGCUGCGACGGAGCGGACCGACCCGGCCGACGGUUUCCUCCUCGUCGUCGGAGGCUUCGCCCCCGGGCGCGCCCCCUGGCUGCCGCCCUGGAGGACGGUGCGCCGUGAUUCGCGCUCGGCCCGCCUUUCGGGCGCGCCGCGUAGCCGCGCGAGGAACCCGCCGGCGGAGGGCUUCCCUGGCCAAACUCCUCCUCCUCCGUGCCGUCCCUCCUCCUCGCUGACUCCUCCCCCUCCCUCCUAGCUGCUUCAGCCCGUAGCGCCCACAACCGCUGCCCUCGGGGGGCGCGGUGGGCGUGCCGCUCGCGCGUCGUGGUAAAGUCGUCCUGGCCAUGGACCCAGCCCGGUGCAGUUGUGAGUGCCGUGUU